AUGGCCAGCGAGCGUGUGGGUGUUGAGAGCUUACAACAGCAGAUAAUAUACACAGACGUGAUCCGUGUCUGCGUCAACCAGACGGAGCGGGGGCAGCGUCAACCAGGCAGGGCAGCGUCAACCAGGCGGAGCAGCGCCAACCAGGCGGAGCGGGGGCAGCGUCAACCAGCCGGAGCAGCGCCAACCAGGCGGAGCGGGGGCAGCGUCAACCAGGCGGAGCGGGGCAGCGUCAACCAAGCGGAGCAGCGUCAACCAGGCGGAGCGGGGGCAGCGUCAACCAGGCGGGGCAGCGUCAACCAGGCGGAGCAGCGCCAACCAGGCGGAGCGGGGGCAGCAUCAACCAGGCGGGGGCAGCAUCAACCAGGCGGGGCAGCGUCAACCAGGCGGAGCAGCGCCAACCAGGCGGAGCGGGGGCAGCGUCAACCAGCCGGAGCAGCGCCAACCAGGCAGAGCGGGGGCAGCGUCAACCAGGCGGAGCGGGGCAGCGUCAACCAGGCGGGGCAGCGUCAACCAGGCGGAGCGGGGGCAGCGUCAACCAGGCGGGGCAGCGUCAACCAGGCGGAGCAGCGCCAACCAGGCGGAGCCGGGGCAGCGUCAACCAGCCGGAGCAGCGCCAACCAGGCGGAGCGGGGGCAGCGUCAACCAGGCGGAGCGGGGCAGCGUCAACCAGGCGGAGCAGGGGCAGCGUCAACCAGGCGGAGCGGGGCAGCGUCAACCAGGCAGAGCGGGGCAGCGUCAACCAGGCGGAGCGGGGGCAGCGUCAACCAGGCGGAGCGGGGGCAGCGUAAACCAGGCGGAGCAGCGUCAACCAGGCGGAGCGGGGGCAGCGUCAACCAGGCGGAGCGGGGGCAGCAUAAACCAGGCGGAGCAGCGUCAACCAAGCGGAGCGGGGGCAGCAUCAACCAGGCAGAGCGGGGCAGGGUCAACCAGGCGGAGCGGGGGCAGCGUCAACCAGGCGGAGCGGGGGCAGCGUCAACCAGGCGGAGCGGGGCAGCGUCAACCAGGCGGAGCGGGGCAGCGUCAACCAGGCGGAGCGGGGGCAGCGUCAACCAGGCAGAGUGGGGCAGCGUCAACCAGGCAGAGCGGGGGCAGCGUCAACCAGGCGGAGCGGGGCAGCGUCAACCAGGCGGAGCGGGGCAGCGUCAACCAGGCGGAGCGGGGCAGCGUCAACCAGGCGGAGCGGGGGCAGCGUCAACCAGGCGGAGCGGGGGCAGCGUCAACCAGGCGGAGCGGGGCAGCGUCAACCAGGCGGAGCGGGGGCAGCGUCAACCAGGCGGAGCGGGGGCAGCGUCAACCAGGCGGAGCGGGGGCAGCGUCAACCAGACGGAGCGGGGCAGCGUCAACCAGGCGGAGCGGGGGCAGCGUCAACCAGCCGGAGCAGCGCCAACCAGGCGGAGCAGGGGCAGCGUCAACCAGGCGGAGCGGGGCAGCGUCAACCAGGCGGAGCAGGGGCAGCGUCAACCAGGCGGAGCGGGGCAGCAUCAACCAGGCAGAGCGGGGCAGCGUCAACCAGGCGGAGCGGGGGCAGCGUCAACCAGGCGGAGCGGGGGCAGCGUAAACCAGGCGGAGCAGCGUCAACCAGGCGGAGCGGGGGCAGCGUCAACCAGGCGGAGCGGGGGCAGCAUAAACCAGGCGGAGCAGCGUCAACCAAGCGGAGCGGGGGCAGCAUCAACCAGGCGGAGCGGGGCAGCGUCAACCAGGCGGAGCGGGGGCAGCGUCAACCAGGCGGAGCGGGGGCAGCGUCAACCAGGCGGAGCGGGGCAGCAUCAACCAGGCGGAGCGGGGCAGCGUCAACCAGGCGGAGCGGGGGCAGCGUCAACCAGGCAGAGCGGGGCAGCGUCAACCAGGCAGAGCGGGGGCAGCGUCAACCAGGCGGAGCGGGGCAGCGUCAACCAGGCGGAGCGGGGCAGCGUCAACCAGGCGGAGCGGGGCAGCGUCAACCAGGCGGGGGGCGGAGCGGGGCAGCGUCAACCAGGCGGAGCGGGGCAGCGUCAACCAGGCGGAGCGGGGGCAGCGUCAACCAGGCGGAGCAGCGUCAACCAGGCGGAGCGGGGGCAGCGUCAACCAGGCGGAGCGGGGGCAACGUCAACCAGGCGGAGCAGCGUCAACCAGGCAAAGCGGGGGCAGCGUCAACCAGGCGGAGCGGGGGCAGCGUCAACCAGGCGGAGCGGGGGCAACGUCAACCAGGCGGAGCGGGGGCAGCGUCAACCAGGCGGAGCAACGUCAACCAGGCAGAGCAGGGGCAGCGUCAACCAGGCGGAGCGGGGGCAGCGUCAACCAGGCGGAGCGGGGGCAGCGUCAACCAGCCGGAGCAGCGUCAACCAGGCGGAGCGGGGCAGCAUCAACCAGGCGGAGCGGGGGCAGCGUCAACCAGUCGGAGCAGCGUCAACCAGGCGGAGCAGGGGCAGCGUCAACCAGGCGGAGCAGCGUCAACCAGGCGGAGCGGGGGCAGCGUCAACCAGGCGGAGCGGGGCAGCGUCAACCAGGCGGAGCGGGGGCAGCGUCAACCAGCCGGAGCAGCGUCAACCGGGCGGAGCGGGGCAGCAUCAACCAGGCGGAGCGGGGGCAGCGUCAACCAGGCGGAGCGGGGGGCAGCGUCAACCAGGCGGAGCGGGGCAGCGUCAACCAGGCGGAGCGGGGCAGCAUCAACCAGCCGGAGCAGCGUCAACCAGGCGGAGCGGGGCAGCAUCAACCAGGCGGAGCGGGGGCAGCGUCAACCAGGCGGAGCGGGGCAGCGUCAACCAGGCGGAGCGGGGCAGCGUCAACCAGGCGGAGCGGGGCAGCGUCAACCAGCCGGAGCAGCGUCAACCGGGCGGAGCGGGGCAGCAUCAACCAGGCGGAGCGGGGGCAGCGUCAACCAGGCGGAGCGGGGGCAGCGUCAACCAGGCGGAGCGGGGGCAGCGUCAACCAGGCGGAGCGGGGGCAGCGUCAACCAGGCGGAGCGGGGGCAGCGUCAACCAGGCGGAGCGGGGGCAGCGUCAACCAGGCGGAGCGGGGGCAGCGGGCAGCGUCAACCAGGCGGAGCGGGGGCAGCGUCAACCAGGCGGGCAGCGUCAACCAGGCGGAGCGGGGCAGCGUCAACCAGGCGGAGCGGGGGCAGCGUCAACCAGGCGGAGCGGGGGCAGCGUCAACCAGGCGGAGCGGGUGCAGCGUCAACCAGGCGGAGCGGGUGCAGCGUCAACCAGGCGGAGCGGGGGCAGCGUCAACCAGGCGGAGCGGGGGCAGCGUCAACCAGGCGGAGCGGGGCAGCGUCAACCAGGCGGAGCGGGUGCAGCGUCAACCAGGCGGAGCGGGGGUAGCGUCAACCAGGCGGAGCGAGGGCAGCGUCAACCAGGCGGAGCGGGGGCAGCGUCAACCAGGCGGAGCGGGGCAGCGUCAACCAGGCGGAGCGGGGCAGCGUCAACCAGGCAGAGCAGCGUCAACCAAGUAAGGCUAAAAACUGUCAAGCCGGUAAAGUACAUAACUUCAAGAGCCCAACUAAGAUAUUACAACGGUCUUGUAAGAAGUAAAAUAUAG